UGUGGAAGAUGGUUUUAAUCAUUCCAAUGUUUGUAAAAAGUUGCGCUUCUGUUUUCAUGAAACUAAUUUUAAAUAAUUUUAUAUCUAAAUGAUUCAAAAAUCGAUUGAUUCAUAUCUGUGAGUUAUCCAUAACAGUGGGCUAUCCAUAACUGUGGGUCGACUGUAUCAUACAAACUUUUCUCCGGAAAACCACCGCCGAAAUCAUCGUUCCAGAAGCGGCGUCUUCAGCCUCCGGAUUUGAAAUCCCUUAAAUUGAUGUUGGUAGUGUAAUCCAAGUGAAAAUGCCCAGGUAUCCGAGGAAAGCUAAGGCAACCGUCGCGACCGAGGAGAUCAAGGAAGAACCCCUGCCAAAGGUCGAACUGCAUUCACUGAAAAUGGACCACAUGGAGGAAAUUAAGGUGGAACCACUGGUACCGCUAGAUGACCCGAUCGAUCAGUGCUCGGACGGAUCGCGAUGCCAGUUCUGCUCCAAGCUAGUUUCCGAAUCCGGAGGCCCGGCUGUUACCACGCGCAAAACAAUUACUUACGUUCUGGGUGUACGCAAGUGGGCACCAGAUUCGGAUCAUCCGGAUUGCUGCCAGGAGUGUAAAACUAUGUUCGAUAUGUUUUACGAGUUCAAAAAAUCCUGCCUGGCAGCCAUAGCUCGAGCGAAGGUCCUGUUGUCCGAGAAGAAUGUAACCAGCAACGAACGGGAUUUGAAAAUCCCUUCGGAACCGACCGUCGAAAAAGUGGGCGGAAGUUUUGAACCUCCGCUUCAGGAGAUAUGUGACUCGGAUAUGGAUGAAAAGGGGUUUCAGGAUGAUGACGAUGAUACCUUCGUGGAACCCCUUCCAGAGGCAGCUCAGAAUAACGAUAAAUCACGUUUAGACAGUCCAAAGGACAUGGUUCAACCGGAAACCGUACCAAAAGAAACUGACAGUAGCUCUAGUGUUCCACCAUCCUCAAGCGAUGAUUUGAGCCCAACCAAGCCCAAGAAACGCAGAAGUGUAAAGCCCAAAGCCAAGACACCGAAAACGCCGAACGAUGAACUUCCUACAGCAAACCAAUCAGCAACCGAAGAAGAAGGUAAUCCUUCGGCAACGCCUAAGGCGGAAUCCGAAGAAAUCCCUCGAAAGAAAUAUCAGAGGCGGAAGAAAACUACAUAUACGUGUGAGCUGUGCUCGAAUACCUUCACAACCGAGAAACAAUGGACUCUUCACAUGAAUAGACACAACGGCAUACGCACGGUCGCCUGUCGUCGCGAAGGCUGCGACAAGAAGUUCUUCGAUACUCAGCAUCGCCACGCGCACGAGAUUGGCUGCGGCAAGGACGUAAAGAUCAUGUGCAGUGUGUGUGCCGCAAUCUUCCGUUCGAUGAGUGCCCUGCGGACUCACAUGGCCGGUCACGGAGAACUGAAGUUCUUCUGCAAGGUGUGCGGCAAGGGUUUCUAUCGGAAAGCCAAGCUGGACAAGCACGCCUCGGUGCACUCCGAUGCGCGUAACCACGAGUGCAACGUUUGCGGAAAGCGCUUCAAGUCGAAGGAAGCCAAUCGCGUGCAUCAGCGAGUUCACACCGAGGAGCGGCCAUACGCGUGCCACAUUUGCAGCAGGGCCUUCCGAUAUAACUGUGGACUGAAGGCGCACCUGGAGAGAGGACACGACCCGGGAGAACUGAACCAGCCAAAACUGAAAGCCAACGUUAAUUCUUCCGAUUCAACGAUCGGCUGGUUUUAAUACGAUGGAUGAGGACAUUAGGAUAAGAGCACGAAAAUCUCAAGAAAAACAGAUACCGUAAAGUGCCCCAAUUCAGAACGUUAUCUAAUUUCGCGUAUUUGGUUUAGAACUGCAUGCUUUUUUUUAGAACUUUUGACUUGUCAAUUUCGCUAUCCGUAUUUAAUUAUAAUACAUCAUGGUAUUUCAGCACAAUACCAUUAUUAAUUGCGCACGGAAUUAUGGCACAUUACGGUACAUAUUCGAUGAUAAAUAUGAUUACUUCUCUGCAUA